GAAGCGGUUCCUCUACAGUUGAACCUAUUCACUGUGUUUGUUUUGUAAAACAGAGGAAGUUAGGAACGUCGAGUUUAUAUGUUUGUAAGGAACUAAGGAUACCAACAUCUCUCUCAUGCAAUGGAACGCAGAGCUCGCGCUCACACACGCAGCCCACCACUUGAAACGCUGCUCAACUCCCAACCAACUCCAAUCAUGGUAUGCCCUCUUCCUCAAAACCAACACUGCCCAAGAUUGCUUCUUGAUCAAUCAAUACAUCACCGCUUGCUCCACCCACCGCAUCAUAGAUUCCGCAAUUUUCGCAUUCUCCCAAAUUCGAAACCCCAACGUAUUCGUCUACAAUGCCCUCAUCGGAGCCUUCCUCACCUGCUCCCGCCCUCUCCAAGCCUUGCGCCAUUACACCCGCAUGCUUAGUAACGCCGUCCCUCCCACCAGUUACACAUUCCCUCCUGUAAUUAAAAGCUGCAAACUUUUACAAUUCACUGGAGUCGGUCAAUGUCUUCACGCCCAGGUGUUGAGAAAUGGGUUGGGAUCGCAUCUUCAUCUUCAGACCACCAUGGUUGAUUUCUACUCUAGUUUGGGCAUGCCUGCCGAAGCCCGGAAAGUGUUCGAUGAAAUGCCGGAGAGAGAUGCAUUUGCUUGGUCCACCAUGAUAUCCACCCAUGUCCGUGCUGGAGAUUUCGAUUCUGCUAGAAGGGUGUUUGAUGAGAUGCCCCAUAAGAACACUACAGCUUCGAACACCAUGAUUCACGGAUAUGCUGAAAUCGGUGAUGUGGAUUCUGCUGAGGCUCUGUUUUAUGCGAUGCUUGAAAGGGAUGUGAUUUCUUGGACGACCAUGAUCAAUUGUUACUGCAAACGGGAGAUGUAUCUGCAAGCCUUGGAGCUUUUCGAAGCGAUGAAGAGCACAGGAACGAAACCUGAUAACACAACGAUGGCGACUGUGAUAUCGGCUUGUGCACAUCUUGGGGCUCUAGAUAAAGGGAAGGAGAUGCAUAUGUAUAUAAUGCAGGCAGAGUUUGACAUCGAUGUUUAUAUAGGAUCCGCGUUGAUUGAUAUGUAUGCCAAGUGUGGGGCUAUGGAGAGAGCACUGGUGGUGUUCUUCAAACUGCAGGAGAAGAAUCUCUUCUGUUGGAGCUCGGUGAUUGAUGGGCUUGCAUAUAAUGGAUAUGCAGAAGAAGCAUUAGCAAUGUUUGACAAAAUGGACAAGGAGAAGAUUGAGCCAACCCAUGUUAUCUUCCUGAGUGUUCUUGCAGCUUGUGCUCACGCUGGACUGGUUGAAGAAGGUAAACGUAGAUUCUCCAUAAUGACUAGCAGAUACGGUAUCCUUCCUGAAAUUGAACACUACGGUUGCAUGGUCGACCUCCUAUCCAGAGUUGGUUUUCUUGAAGAAGCACUAGUCUUGAUAAGCAGCAUGAGAAUGCAGCCGAAUUCUGUUAUUUGGGGCGCUUUGCUAGGCGGCUGUAAGCUUCACAAAAACUUAGAAAUUGCUCAAAUUGCUGUAGACAGACUGAUGAUUCUUGAGCCUGAUAAUAGUGGGUAUUACACCCUCUUGGUUAACAUGUAUGCUGAAGCAAAUAGAUGGAAUGAAGUGGCGAGGAUUCGGGGAAUCAUAAAGGUGCGAGGAGUGGAGAAGGCGUUGCCGGGCUCUAGUUGGAUAGAAGUGAGAAAGAAGAUGCAUCAAUUUGCUGCUUCUGAUAGCUAUCAUCCAUCAUCCAAACAGAUAAAUCAAGUCCUAAAUGUGUUAGAUUCCCAGCUCAAGCUCUUGGGAGAUGCGGCUCAGCUCGAUCUCGUUGGGUGAAGUGAAGGAUGCAAACAAGGUUUGAUUUUGAAGGACAUAUAGCAUGAUAGAAGGCAUGAGGAAAGGAACGUUGCCCCCACAAUGAAAUGCAUUUCAGCAUGCGUUUGUUCCAACAACCCAAAGCUAAUAAGUGUUUGGGUUGUUUGUUUUGCAUAAUGGGAUCAUGGAGGUUGAUUGAGUGCAGUGCAUUUUCUCUCCAGGAGGGAAAGAUUGUCCUUUUCUUCUCUUUUUCCCUGACACGAGAAAUCUACUUUUUCUGAUUCUGCUGUAACUACUGUCAUAGGUAUUUUGUGUGAAAGAAUCUGCCACUGAUAAGGUUUCAAAUAAUUGCUUGUUUGUGAAUCUGCUGAAUUUGGAAGAUCUCUUCAUCUUGAAGGGGAGAGAGUUAUCAAUUUAGAUCUUAUCCACAAAUUAAGGGAUGCUUUUGCAAGAACUGUGCAGGAUUGCGAGCUUCAUCAGAGACUGUCUCUCUCUCACAUCAUUGUCAUCAUCUUCCAGCACAUUGAUUCACUGUCCAUUCAUCUGCUUCUGCAAACCCUCUGCUGCUCAUCUUUACACUUCCGCUCCACUGAAAUUGGAGGGCUCUCCACAUGUAGUUCAUUCGGCUUUUGCUGUUGACAAGUCGCCUUCUGUGGUUGAAGAAGCGUCGGUAAAUGGCACUAAAAAUUCUGAGACUAUGCUCAAGAGCUGCAUUCGGGAGCCCCAAGGCAAAGAGGCCGGGAAGAAAAGAGUAGAGUGGAAGGACAAUACAGGGAAACAACUCGCUGAGAUCAAGGAGUUCGAAUCCAGAUUAUUGCCUUAGCGAAACAGGAGACACUCUCAAUGAAGAGGAUAGCAGCCGCUGCCAUUGUGCCAUUCUCUGAUGUAGCUCUCCAUCCUUAUGGAGGCUACCUUGCAGCGUGAUCUCUGUUGACUUGACUGCUGUCGUGAUUGUAGAGGAAGAUGACGGUCUAAUUAUUCUUAGAUCUGCAGUUUGAGGUUCGAACCUGCAUUCAAUCUCUCUAAUGAGAGUGGGGAUAGCUUCUGCUACUCUCUAAUCAUCCUCUUUUCUUUGCACAACGAAGAAAUGCAUAUACUCCCAUUGGCCCUUAACCUUGCACUGUGUAUUUUAAUGUUACUAAUAAUAAUAUCUCAAUGCAUCAAGUUUCUGGAAACAGCAGUCUAGAGUGAUGGCGGUGCAUCUCUUUUGGAAGAGGUAUGCCGAUAACCUGAAAGCUGUUGGUGGGAAGUUGCUACUACAGUUUAUUAGAGCUUUGUGUCAUGCUUUUUUUGCUCAUGGAUUCAGUAGCAUUUACUUGAUGCCACUGUGAGUUUUCUAUUGUGAUUAGUUGUAAAAUACAGAAUGAAGGGAACUGGCAAGAUAGGAUCAAAUCUGUAAAACUAAGAAGGUUAAUAUUUUCAAUGCUAAAUUACAAGGUUUGAUUGACAGAA